UUUACUGCCGCUUCAAAUAUCAUCACACAAACAUAACCUGCAAAAAUUUCUAUCUUGGCAAGAUGUUUUAUCAUAUCUCACUAGAACACGAAAUUCUUUUGCAUCCCCAAUAUUUUGGGCCGCAAUUGCUGGAACAAGUAAAGACCAAACUGUUCACUGAAGUCGAAGGAACUUGCACUGGAAAAUAUGGAUUUGUAAUUGCUGUAACAACAAUUGAUAAUAUUGGAGCAGGAGUCAUAUUACCAGGACAGGGAUUUGUUGUAUACCCUGUGAAAUACAAAGCAAUUGUAUUUAGGCCGUUCAAGGGAGAAGUCCUGGAUGCAGUGGUGCGACAAGUCAAUAAAGUUGGCAUCUUCGCUGAAAUUGGACCACUUUCUUGUUUCAUUUCUCACCAUUCCAUACCCGCUGAGAUGGAAUACUGCCCUAGCAUAGCACCACAAUGCUACAAAACAAAAGAGGAAGAUAUGGUGAUAUCAGCCGAUGCUGAAAUUCGUUUAAAGAUUGUUGGUACAAGGGUGGAUGCAACAGGAAUUUUUGCAAUUGGCACUCUUAUGGAUGAUUACCUAGGUUUAAUUAGUAAUUAAGUAUUAUUAUUUUUUUAUUAGUAAAUAUUAUUUCUAAGACAUAAGAGAAAAAUGAUAUAAGUAUUUAUGUAAAACGAUAUUUUGUGAAAUACAAUGUA